CGUGGUUCGCCAUUUGGAAAAGUAGAGCCUUCAACACCGCCGCGUCUGUUGCUUUGCUAUUCCAUUUUCCAGACGAACAAUCCACUCUCAAUCUUCUCCAACUACGUCCGCAGUAGCUCGCCGCCGUGCUCUACCGACAAAAGCAGUGCCGCCGCUUGAUUAAUCAGCUGCUGUCUAAGUCAUGGACAACACAGAAAUGAAGAGAAAUUCGCCACCACUUGAUUCAUCAACUGCCCUCUUGGGUCUGGGAAAUAAAGAAAUAACGAAAAAUUCAUCACUAGUAUGUGUUCCCAUAAUGGCUGAUUCGGCUGAUUUGAUGAUUGCUGAUGCAUGUAAGGCAAAAACUAGUGGUGCUGAUCUUGUGGAAAUUCGAUUGGAUAGUUUGAAAAUUUUCAACCCGCAAACAGAUCUCCAGAUUCUUACAAAAGAAUGUCCAUUGCCUACUUUAUUUACUUACAGACCUAAGUGGGAAUGUGGCCAAUAUGAUGGUGAUGAAAAUGAACGGCUUGAGGUACUUCGAUUAGCCAUGGAGUUGGGAGCAGAUUACGUUGAUGUGGAACUUCAGGUUGCUCGUGAAUUCAUUGAUUCCAUUCGUGGAAAGAAGCCACAAAAGUUUAAAGUUAUUGUUUCUUCUCACAAUUAUCAAGAAACUCCAUCUCUAGAUGAUCUUGGUAAGCUUGUCGCAAGAAUUCAAGAAAGUGGAGCUGAUAUUGUGAAGAUUGCAACAACUGCCUUGGAUAUCACUGAUGUAUCACGCAUUUUUCACAUAAUUGUGCAUUCACAAGUUCCAGUAAUAGGGCUUGUAAUGGGAGAAAGGGGCUUGAUUUCACGGAUACUUUGUGCUAAAUUUGGUGGGUAUCUUACUUUUGCUACCCUCGAGGCCGGAAUUAUUUCAGCUCCUGGGCAACCAACAAUUCAAGACCUUUUAACAUUAUACAAUUUUAGACAGAUAGGGCCUGAUUCAAAAGUCUUCGGACUUAUUGGAAAGCCAGUGGCCCACAGCAAAUCACCCAGGUUAUACAAUGAGGCAUUCAAGUCAAUAGGUUUCAAUGGGGUUUAUGUGCAUUUCUUGGUGGAUGACAUAGUAAACUUUCUCGAAACAUACUCAUCCGCAGACUUCGCUGGAUUCAGUUGUACCAUUCCCCAUAAAGAGGCUGCAGCACAGUUCUGUGAUGAGGUUCAUCCAGUGGCAAAGUCAAUUGGUGCUGUUAAUUGCAUUAUAAGAAGACACGAUGGGAAAUUUUGUGGUUAUAACACGGAUUAUGUCGGGGCUAUUUCUGCUAUUGAGGGAAAACUACAAGAUCACGAUACUGGCAGCCCUCAAUCUACCUCACCGUUAUCCGGCAGGCUAUUCAUUGUCAUUGGUGCUGGUGGAGCAGGCAAGGCAGUCGCCUAUGGUGCGAAAGUGAAAGGAGCUAAAGUCGUGAUUGCCAAUCGUACAUAUGAACGAGCAAAAGAACUUGCGGAGACCAUUGGAGCUGAUGCGAUCACUCUUGCUGAUUUGGAUAAUUUCCAUCCGGAGGAGAAUAUGAUUCUUGCAAACACAACAUCAAUAGGAAUGCAACCAAAAGUUGAGGAAACACCAAUUUCUAAGCAUGCUCUACGAUAUUAUUCACUGGUGUUCGAUGCUGUUUACACUCCGGUGAUGACGAGACUCUUGAAGGAUGCUGAAGAAUCUGGAGUCAAGAUCGUCACUGGUUUGGAGAUGUUUGUUGGACAGGCAUAUGAACAAUACGAGAGGUUUACUGGCAUGCCUGCACCAAAAGAACUCUUCAGGAAGAUCAUGAAACUUGAUUCCAAAAUUUAGGCUGAUGUGUGGUGUAGCUGAUAUUUUAUUUUCUUAGUAUUCAUUAAUGCAAACUUAGUUCAAUAAGGGAGGAUUUGUCUUUUUUUUUUUUUUUUUUAGUGGGGCAAAAAUACAUGCACUUUCGAUCCUCCCUCUUGAUGGUUCACAUUUAUGGUAAAAAGUAUUGAUGUUGAUUUGCCAUUCCACAAGUUGAUUUUGUGGUAAUAUUAUGGAAUUAGAUGUAAUAAAUUUUUUUAAAUAAACUUUUGUUUGGGAUAUU